UCAGCUGUACACUGAUUCAAGGCACUUGAUGGUCGUCAUAUUUUAAGAUAGAUCAAAGUUUUUGUGACACAACCAAAAGUGUUACUGUGUGUUCUGGAGGAGGGUCUCUAGUCUGCGUUGGGACGAGACACUGAGAGUCACUCAAGGACGAAAUAUAAUCAUUAGAACUCUUAGUCAGUACGAAACGGAUCUCCCUCUCGCUGGACACUGUUGUGCCUUGGUAUUUACUGCAAUAUCGCCAUUUAAUUCGUUUUUUAUUGGUCAUAGCCAUAGGCACUUCGGCUCUUAGAGAGAUAAACAACCUUCGGGCUUGAGAGUAAGUCAUGUUGCUGCGUAAAGUUAGCCAAAGUCCUGCAAUCUGUGGUAAUGUCCUCCGUCUACAUCCAGCUGUAACAGGAGCGCAACGCCAAACUGGAGCUCUUGUGGCAGUCCAGAAUACGCGUCUGUACGCGAGCCAAACCGCAGAGGCUGUGUUGGACAAAACUGUAGUUGGCAGUGAAGCCACUAUGACUGCUGAGAAGGUGGAUAAGAAGGCAGUCAGUAUGGAGUCAAAGUCAUUUGCUGUGAACAUGUUCAAAGGGCUAAUCAGCACUUCCCAAGUGUUCCCUUUUCCUUCAGUGCUGAAUGAAGAACAGGCUCAGUUCCUCAAGGAACUGGUUGGACCAUGCAGUAAGUUUUUUGAGGAAGUGAAUGACCCCAUGAAGAAUGAUUCUCUGGAGAAGGUGGAGGACCACACCAUGGAAGGCCUGAAGGAGAUGGGAGCUUUUGGUCUGCAGGUUCCUGCAGAGCUCGGUGGUGUAGGACUCACCAACACACAGUAUGCCAGGCUGGUGGAGAUUGUGGGAAUGCAUGAUCUGGGUGUUGGCAUCACUCUUGGUGCCCAUCAGUCCAUAGGCUUCAAGGGCAUCCUGCUGUUUGGUAACCCUGAGCAGAAAGAGAAGUACCUUCCAAAGCUGGCCACUGGAGAGAAUAUUGCUGCCUUCUGUCUCACUGAACCAGCGAGCGGUUCUGAUGCAGCCUCUAUUAAAACCACUGCAGUUCGCUCCCCCUGUGGCAAAUACUACACUCUCAGCGGAAGCAAGAUCUGGAUCAGUAAUGGAGGCCUUGCAGAGAUCUUCACGGUGUUUGCAAAGACUCCUGUGAAGGAUGAGAAAACCGGCGAGAUAAAGGACAAAAUCACUGCGUUCAUUGUGGAGAGGAGCUUUGGAGGAGUCUCAAAUGGUCCUCCUGAGAAAAAAAUGGGCAUUAAAGCAUCCAACACAGCAGAGGUGAAUUUCGAAAAUGUGCGUGUCCCUGCGGACUGUGUGCUAGGAGAGGUGGGAGGAGGAUUUAAAGUGGCCAUGAACAUCCUCAACAACGGGCGUUUUGGAAUGGCUGCUGCUCUUUCUGGAACCAUGAAGGGUGUCAUUGCCAAAGCAGUUGACCACGCGGCUAACCGAACACAAUUUGGGAACAAGAUCCACAACUAUGGUGCCAUUCAGGAAAAGGUGGCCAGAAUGGCCAUGCUUCAGUAUGUGACAGAGUCCAUGGCUUAUAUGGUAAGUGGGAACAUGGACAGUGGAGCCACAGAGUUCCAGAUUGAGGCGGCCAUCAGUAAAAUCUUUGCCUCCGAAGCUGCUUGGAUGGUGACAGAUGAGUGUAUUCAGAUAAUGGGAGGAAUGGGCUUCAUGAAGGAUGCUGGUGUGGAAAGGAUAAUGAGGGACCUGAGAAUCUUCAGAAUCUUUGAGGGUACCAAUGACAUCCUGCGACUCUUCGUAGCGCUCAACGGCUUCCAGAAUGCAGGCAACCAGCUGAAGAGCUUGCAGAAAGCUCUAAAGAACCCUUUUGGUAAUGCUGUGAUGCUGGCAGGAGAAAUCACUAAACGUGCCAAGAGAAAGGCAGGCAUGGAGACAGGACUGACUUUGCAGGGAAAAGUUCAUCCAGAGCUUAACCACAGUGGAGAACUGACUGUGAAAGCGAUUGAGCAGUUUGGAGCUGUUAUUGAAGAGCUUCUUCUUAAACAUGGAAAAAAAAUAAUUGAUGAACAAUUUGUUAUGAAGCAUGUUGCAGACUGUGCCAUUGAUCUGUACGCCAUGGUUGUGGUUUUGUCUAGAGCAUCCAGGUCUCUUGGCCAAGGUCACUCUUCUGCCCAGCAUGAGAAGAUUCUGUGUGAAACCUGGUGUAAUGAGGCCAACGAGAGAGUCAUGCUGGACAUUAAGUUCCUCAGGUCAGGUUCAUCCAAGCAGAUUUUCAAGAACCUACGUGCCAUUUCCGCUGCUGUGGUUGAAAACGGAGGGGUGGUAUCUCCUCAUCCUCUGGGCUUUUGAAGAUCUGUCUGCUCUCACUUUCAUCAGCCAAAAAUUUCCACCCACUGACCACAAUCAACCAUUCACAACUGUCCAUAUUUCUUUACCCAGCAUCCUACAGACAGUUCAGUGCUACAGUUCUUGAUGAGUGGAGUUUAUCACAUUGUGUUCUUUGACCACAAGGGUGCUUUAAUAUUUCAUAUUAAAGUAUGUAAAUGAAUAUGUGUAUAUUUAAGAAUUAGAUAGUGUAUGCAAAUAAAUGUAGUUUUUAUGAGUGAGCAAGCCUCAAUUAAAAAAUGGAAUUAAAUGAAAUGAAUGAAAUUAAUCAAAUUGUUGAGCAGUAGAUCCAUUUUGCAAAAUCCAGUGGCAUCUGGUUUGAAGAGUGUUCAAAAGCACUCAGACUGAUUUGUUUUUGGCCUUUAAAACAAACUUAGCCCAAUGUCUGGUACAGCUAUCAGCAUUUAGCAAACGGUCAAUUUGUCAUCUUUUGCCAACCCUUCUACUGUAUUGAGUGGUUUUACAUAUUUAACAUUACAUUUAAUUGAGAAAAGAGUUACCCAGAACAUUUUUCUCAUUACUAAAAUAGAAGCACCUUGAGUAUCGUAUCAAGAGGCAGUUUGUCUCAGUUAACAUUUUAGGGAAUGCUCUAAGAACUUGUUGACUGAGGGAAAUAGUGUUAAUGAAAUGGAAAUAACAUUCUAAAUUAUCUGAACAUAAACACAAAGGGUCUUUAUUUAAUUUUAGAAGAAGUAACCUAUUAGCUAGGUCCAUACAAACAGUACACGCUAAAUGCAUAUCAAAAGUAUUGCACCAUUUUUCUCUAAGAAAUUCGUUGCACAAGCAGAUGUUACAUUUGGUCCUGUCAUUGGACAAAAAGCCUGUAAUUACUUAUAUUGCAAGCAAAUAAAACUUGUUAACAGUA